AUGCUUCUAGCCGAAGAGGAAACUGGGAGACGCGAAACAGCCCUCACAUUAGCCGAUCGCAAAGAAGUAGCACAUCUGUUGCCACCUCUACUCUCCACAGCACAGCAUUCAUGCACGUCGACACAAGGACGUGUAGACUUUGCUAAUGUUCGUGCUUACCUCCACACUUUUACCGCUCUCCUGCGUUCGUUUGGGAUUUUAGUCUGUCCAAGUGAUGAGACAAUCAGUGAACCAGUACGUACUAAGAAUAAUGAAAGUGCGCAAGAGAAUCGAAGCCCCCCUCCCUUCGCCCUAAUCCAUUUGAUCAUCAUUGUCCUCCUCCUCUUUAAUCUUCUACCGACAACCAACGCAUUUGAGCUUGGACAGAUUCGUCAGCAGCGAAAUCCAACGCUUCUUAGACCUGUAUCACCUCCCUUAUUUGAUUCUGAAAGAAGCGCGGAUGGUGUACCAACAGAGGACUCCACAGUCAAGAUUCGUACAAGAGAUGUGGAGAAUCCUCCUCGUGUUGCAUUACCACAAGUGGACAAUUCUAUAGCCGAUCCCUGGCUAUACAAUGUCCCUUCAGUUGAUUCAAGCGUACAACGUCCAGCUUUAACUCCAGUUUUCGUUCCAAAUUACAACCAAUACGCAGUCUACAGUCCGCUAUGGAGCUAUCCGGAGACACGACUAGUCGGUGCCUACGGUCCACCCCCUCCAGUGCCUCAUUGGCCUUCACAACCCUAUUAUUCCCGAAAUUCAGCUCAGUUUCGUCGAAGACUCGGCGAAAGACGGCGAAAGGAGAAGUACAAGGGUGAAAAAUGUCCCAAAAUCUGUGACACCUGUCUCCGAAGUUACGAUGGUACAGAUGUCGACGUUGACAAGGAGAGGGCCAUUCUCCAGCAACGCUUUGCCCUUCACGUCAAACCGUCCAUGAAACACAAGGAAUCCGUCGAGGCGUUAUUCAAGUACAUGGACGGAAACAAUGAUGGAUCCAUUAGUUUUACAGAAUUGCAGAACUAUCUCCUCUUGCACAACAUAAUCUCGCCCGACAUACCCCAAUAG